GACAACCAGACUGGACCAUAUGACCAGAGAGAGAGGGCGGGAGAGAGUGAGAGAGAGAUGAACUGGGUAUGACAGCUGGACAUUCAGGGCUCGGACAGAGGACCAAACAGGGAUGAGCAGCAGCUUCAGCUUUCCGAAGUUAUGAAUGAUCCAAGAAUACUUUGAAAGAAUCGACGUCAUGUGGGACAACGCAGGAGGAUGACCGAACAUCUGCGUCUUCUCAACUUCGCAGGAGCUGGAAGAGUGACUCCCUUCAUAAUGAACUGUGCAGUGAUUCUUAUAUUAACAUCAAGCUGCUUGACCUGGUCUUCAGCUAUAUAUAUCCCCAACAGAGCAGCACCUAAGAAGCUAAAAUACCUCCUUGAGCCGCCUGUGUAUGCAGAGGUCAUUGGUCGAAGGGGAGGCAACGUCACCUUGCCCUGUAUCCUGAGAACCAAACCAAGCCAUUACAAAGUGAAAUGGACAAAGCUGGAGCCGGAGCGUGCAGGGCCAGAGAACAUUAUCAUGAUAUCAAAUGCACACGCCUUGAAGCCGUACGGCCACCUUGGACCGCGGGCUUCGCUCCGGAAUGCUCACGCCAUGGACGCUUCCCUGCAGCUCAGCCAGCUUGAGCUGGAAGAUGGCGGCACGUAUCGCUGCGAGCUCGUCAAUGGCAUCGAGGAUGAGAGCGUUGCUGUUAUUUUGAGGAUUGAAGGUGUCGUGUUCCCAUAUCAGAGUAAAAAUGGCCGCUACAGAUUCACAUUUCAUGAGGCUAAAGAAGUUUGUGCUGAGCAAGAUGCCACAUUAGCCUCAUACAACCAGCUGUACAGAGCAUGGACUGAGGGUCUGGACUGGUGCAAUGCAGGUUGGAUCAGCGAUGGCACCGUUCAUUACCCCAUUAUACACCCUCGACCUGCCUGUGGAGGAGAGCUGCUCUCUGGCAUUCGCAGUUAUGGACCAAAAGACAAGAAUCACGACCGGUUUGACGCUUUCUGCUUCACCUCCCAGACGUCUGGCUCCGUCUACUACGUAUCGGGGUCGUUCUCCUUCGAGCAGGCGGAACGCGCAUGCAAACGUCAGGGAGCUGAGUUGGCGUUGGUCGGCCAGCUGUACGCCGCCUGGCGUUUCCAGAAUUAUGACCAGUGUGACGGCGGAUGGCUGAGAGACGGCAGCGUACGGUUUCCAAUCAGCAACCCCAGAGAGAGGUGUGGAGGCAUCCCUGAAGCGGGGGUGCGCUCGUUUGGAUUCCCCAACAAGACGAUGCAUCUUUACGGUGCCUACUGCUAUAGGUAGCCAAAACACAAAUACACUAUUUAAAUCAGUGUCUCCACACAGCUGUGAGCCAAUGAGCAAGACACCUCACAUCUGAAGCUGCAGACAAUUACUGAAACGGGAAUUAGAAGGUUAUAUUUGACUUUUCAAAAUUAAAUUAGUCUUACAACUUUAAGAAGGAAGACAGAGAGCUCAGAACAAAUUUAGAGGACACGUAUCUCUACACUUAAUAAGAAACAAGACAAAAUUACUGAGUUGGACAGGAUGCUUCUAGUUUACCAGCUGGUAAAAUGUUAUUAUCGCUGGUAAAACGCCACCUUCACUCCUUCAGUCAAUCUCCUAAAACUGAAUAAUUCUAUGAGAAACAAUUGUUGGCACAGUGUUAAGUGGAGUUCCAAGCCACAGACCUCUUUGACCUGGCAGAAUGGACGUACCUGGUUAUACACACACAAUCAUCUUGCACUAAACCUGUAAUAAUGUGUUGACAUUUGUUCUUAUUGAAGGUAAAACCAAGUUAAACGUGUCUGAUUGAUUUUAGGUCGACCGCUGCACCUGCUAGCGUCUUUAACACAAGACUGCACUGCUUCCAGCGAGCUCGUUCAAAGAAGCUAAAACUCUGAAAUGUGAAUAAC